AUGAAGAAACAGAGUAAAGAAGAAAGAACAGAGCAAGACUCAGAGAUUGUUAACCCAGUUACACCCGUUAACGAGGGUGACGAGGAGACAGCGUUGAGUGCUCGUCGUAAUCUCCAGAGUUACGACAUCAAUGGGCGUCAGUUGAGAGUUGAUUUCGCUGAGAAUGAUAAAGGAACCGACAAACCCCGAGAUCAGGGUCAAGGAGGAACCGGUUUGCCUCCUCCUGCUGCUGCUGCUGCUGCUGCUGCUGCUACUGUGACACUUAUUGAUGUUGUUUUGGUGAUAGAUUCUCAGAAGCAGACUGGAGGGGCUGUGGAUUCGAGUAUGCACCAGCCGGUUGGUCUCAACCUUGCGAUGCAAGCUGCGUCUGUUAUGGCGGGUGCGCUAGGUGGUCCACAGGUUGGUUCGCAAAGUACACUGCAGGUUACAGCUAGUGAUCCCCUGACUCUUCAUCUUGCCAAGAUGUCUAGAACUCAGCUCUCUGAUAUUAUAUCGUCCAUUAAGUUGAUGGCUACGCAGGAUAAGGAAGAAGCUCGACAGUUGUUGGUUUCAAGACCUCAGUUGCUAAAAUCUGUCUUUCUGGCACAGAUAAUGCUUGGGAUUGUGAGUCCACAAGUCUUACAGACGCCAAACAUUGUUCAGGCCCCAAACCAUAUGACAGGGUCUUCAAUUCAAGACACGCAUCUAUCUGGUAGUCAAAACCUUUUACCACCACUGGCACAAAGGCCGCUACAGCUAAAUCGCCCCCCACAUAGUCAGUUUCCCGUUCAACAGUCUUCUAAACAACCUUCUAGUCAGAUUCCACAACCAGGCCCUUCUUCUGUUGUGAAUCCUCCUCCUAGAUCCCAAGUUAAAGGUCUUAGUGAAACCGCCGCUCCAUUCCAACGCCAAAAACAAGUGGUUCAGGCUUCAGUUCCUAAUAAUGCUAUCCAACCAUCUCAAGGUGGGCAGAUGGUAUCACUAAACUAUGGCAAAAGAAUAAACAAUGAGGGACCUCAUGAAUCAAUAGAUAGACCAUCAAAGAUGAUGAGAGUGGACGAGAGGAGAACCACCACUCCAUUUCAUACAGGCCAUGCGUCUAACUCAAUGGUUCCAAGUCCAUUACAACUACAAGAGAAAGCGCCUCAGGCACUUCUGUCCUCGGAUGUUCAGUCAACAUUGCUUCAACAAGUAAUGAACCUUACGCCGGAACAGCUGAGGAUGCUGACGCCAGAACAACAGCAAGAGGUCCUGAAGCUGCAGCAAGCUCUCAAACAACAAGACGGCAUGAUGCAGCCUUCAUAGCAUUGAGGUUGUAAGUCUAAUACGCCAUGGGAAUCUCAUGUCUUGAAAGAGCUGCGUUGGUCGGUUCAUUUGAUUGAAACUUGCAGAUGAAAAGGUUCUUCGCAGACACAAUGUACCUUAGUCUUAGGAGGAAGAAGGAUCUCUCUCUCUCUCACACCUGAAAUUGGAGAGUGGUUGUAUUAUUAGUGUAAGUAUUUAUUUGUCUUAUAGAAGAACACUAUACAGCCAUCAAAAUAUAAAAGGAAAAAGAAAGUUAUACGUGCAGACAACUGUGAUCAUCUCUUUCCUUCUUGUUAUACCGUCUUUUGUUUUCUCCUCAAGUCAAACUCUCCCCCUUUCGUUUUAAUCCUGUGGACACUACUAGUUUGGUCAUUGGUUAAGAUUUUCAGUACUUGGUUAAUUAAACAUUUUAUUCUUCAAUAAAUAAGAAUUGUGACUAAGCUUACAAAUA